AUGCAAUUUUGUAUAACCGGCUCUGGAACCCCAGACUCUCGAUACAUCGCCAGUCCAGAAUUCCUGGCCACUGUUUCAUAUUUAGCAACUUUUUUGGAAUUCCCAAUUCUGACAUACGGUGCUUGUUGUAUCAUUUUCAAAACCCCAAAGAAAAUGGGCUCCGUCAAAUGGAUGAUGUUCAAUUUACACUUUUGGAGCUCCAUGUCAGAUUUGGUGAUAAGUUGUAUUGGUAUUCCAUUCAUUUUGUUACCUGCUCCAGCUGGCUAUGGUUUGGGAUUUGUUGAUGCACCACGACUAAUGACAUAUUGUAUGGCUACCUUGUUAGCAGACAUGAGCAUUCCACUGGUCUGUAUUGCUAUUGCAACCACGAUAUUGGCGAUUCCAACCCUUAAGUUUUGUGCCUUGAUUUUUAUUAAUUUGGCUACGCUCAAAAAACGGAUACAUUCGGAAAAGGCAAUGGAGGCACAUAAAAAUUUUGCAAUUGCACUUACUAUUCAGUCUGCCUUCUUUUCCUCCGUUGUUCUUGCCCCUGUCCUUGUCAUUCUCUGGAUGUCAUCACGACCAAGCUCUCAACAAUUUCGUGUUCAUAACAUUAUCUCUUCACGGUGUCGGUUCCACUAUCAUGAUGAUAUUUCUACACAAGCCAUACUGGGAAUUUACACUUUCCAACAUUUGCUGUUGUUUUAA